AUGGGGCCCUGCCAGAAGGCUCUCCUUCUAAUAUGCCUCCUCUUGGUACUGGGCAUGACUAUCUUCGACAACGAGCCUGAAACCCACAAAGAUGACAAUUCGCAGGCCGUCAAGCCGCGCAGAGUACAGCGCUGUAACAAGUCGCAUCCAUGUGAAAGUGGUUGCUGUUCGAGAUCGGGCGUCUGCGGUGUCGGGCCCGACUACUGCGGCAUCGAAAACUGCGUUGAUUGCCGCGAGAAAGAACCACCGCGCUGUUCCAGGGCCGAAAUCAGCGAGCGAUUCGCAGGCUAUUACGAGCUUUGGAAUGGUAUACGACCGUGCAACAAGUUCAUGCCCGACAAGAUACCCUACGCAACGUACACGCACGUGAAUGUUGCAUUUGUCACCAUCAACCCGGUCACGUUCGAGUUGAAUCCCAUCUUCUGGCACCAUGCCAUGGAGAUCGAACAGUUGACGCGGCGAAAAAAGUACGACCCAGACCUAAGAGUGUCUGUGACAAUUAGUGGACUGUCGGCAAACGAUUGGGGCGUGCAUGACUCGACUGUGUUUUCACGGUUGGCCGCCUCGGAGGAGUAUCAGGCUGUGUUCCUCCGAUCUCUUACGUCUUUCAUGUCAACGUACGAUAUUGACGGGGUUGAGGUCAACUGGGAACAUCCAGAUGGACAGUCCGACGACUAUGAGAAUUUCCCGCGCCUGAUCAAAAAUAUCAAAGCGGCGCUCAAGAUGACGGGUGGCCGCUACGGACUCAGCAUGACGCUUCCGACUUCGCUGAGCGCGCUGCAUAACUAUAACCUGCGGAAGCUUAACCGACAAGUCGAUUACUUUAAUCUCCUGCCAAUUGAUCUCCACACCCAGCUCUCACCAGGAGAUACCUGGCAUGCCGACACUCUCGGCCCUGUGGUUAACCUAACCACAGUAACCGUGGCCAUACACCUCCUAUGGCGCAAUUACAUCCACCCUAACGAUGUAAAUCUAGUUCUCACACUCUACGGCGCAUCGUUACUCCCCCAAAGCCUAGACUGUCUUGCCCCCGGCUGUCCUGCCGUCUCCGGUGCCCCAGGCGGACCCAGCAGCAAGAAGACCGGAAUGCUCAUGAACUCCGAGAUCCAGGAUAUGAUAAACCCGGAGUUGCACGAACUAAUGUACGGACGACUCCAUCACAAGCACGAAUGGGGACACCUGGAGACCAAAUUUGAUCCAGAGGCUGGGGCGCAGAUCGGAAUGAACGGCGAGCGAUGGAUCGCGUACGAUGACAAGGAAUCCCUGAAACAUAAGUUGGAAUUUGCGAGGAGUUCGUGUUUUGGUGGGAUCACGGCUUGGGCGAUUACCCAUGAUACAUGGGAUGCCGAUUACUCCAAGGUCCUGGACUGUGUACUUCAGGGGUAUGGGAGGUGGAAGUCGUUGCAGCUGUUUUACUGUGAUGAAAUUGCUAUUUAA